GCUGCUGACGCUCGGCUCCCAGGCUCCCGUCCGCUGCCCGCCCCCCGCCCCCCCCCCCCUUUGUGCUCCGUGUACAUGUGUCUGUUCAGCGCAUCGGGAGGCGCGCACCAGAGAAUCCAACACGGCUGCCGGGGAGCGACCACCCACCAUGCCCACGGAGACCCUACAGACAGGUAGCAUGGUGAAGCCGGUCAGCCCCGCGGGCACCUUCACGUCGGCCGUGCCCCUGCGCAUCCUCAACAAAGGGCCCGACUACUUUCGCCGGCAGGCCGAGCCCAACCCCAAGAGGCUGAGCGCCGUGGAGCGGCUGGAGGCGGACAAGGCCAAGUACGUCAAGAGCCAGGAGGUCAUCAACGCCAAGCAGGAGCCCGUGAAGCCGGCCGUGCUGGCCAAACCCCCCGUGUGCCCCGCGGCCGCCAAGCGCGCCCUGGGCAGCCCCACGCUCAAGGUGUUCGGCAACCACGCCAAGACAGAGAGCGGCGUGCAGAGGGAGACCCUGAAGCUGGAGAUCCUCAAGAACAUCCUCAACAGCUCCGAGGGCUCCAGCUCGGGCUCGGGCCACAAGCACGGCGCGCGCAACUGGCCGCCGCACCGGCCCGACGCCACCGACCUGCACCGACACUCCUUCGCCGAGUCCCUGAAGGUGUACCCCACCCAGGGCCGCGGCAGCCCCCAAGAGAGCAGCUCCCACGUGGGCAGGAGGCUGCUGGAGCAGUCCGCCGACUCCUUCCUGCACGUCUCGCACAGCUCCUCGGACAUCCGCAAAGUGACCAGUGUUAAGCCCUUGAAAGCAAUCCCCUGCAGUAGCUCGGCGCCCCCCCUGCCCCCCAAACCCAAGGUGGCCGCGCUGGCCACCAUCAAGUCCCCCGAAGCCGACCCCCCGGUGGAACCCGCCUGUGGAGUCAGUCGAAGGCCCUCCCUGCAGCGGUCCAAGUCGGACUUGAGCGACCGCUAUUUCCGCGUGGACGCAGACGUGGAGCGGUUCUUCAACUACUGCGGACUGGACCCCGAGGAGCUGGAGAACCUGGGCAUGGAGAACUUCGCAAGGGCUAAUUCCGACAUCAUCUCGCUCAACUUCCGCAGCGCAAGCAUGAUCAGCUCAGACUGUGAACAGUCUCAGGACAGUAACAGCGACCUUAGGAAUGAUGACAGUGCCAAUGACCGGGUGCCCUACGGCAUCUCUGCCAUCGAAAGGAAUGCUAGGAUCAUCAAGUGGUUGUAUAGCAUCAAACAAGCUAGAGAGUCGCAGAAGGUCUCCCACGUGUAAGAGACGCUGCGUGCAGAGGAGGGAAGGGGGGGUUCUCUGUGCAUCCGCAGUCGUGAAGGUUGUGAGGUCUCCUUGAAGUGUUGUGAGCUUCUCCACGCUCUUUGUGUUGCUUGUUGUGCAAUGUUUUCAAGUUGCAUGCCUGUCAACAUGGGGACUGACCUAGCUUCCACUCAACCAUCUCUGCAGAGCCUGGCUGAACACUCAUCUGCCAACCGUUUCGGGCCAGAAUCUAAUUAGGGCUUUGAUCUUAAGCAAAACUGUUUACACACACGGUAUACAACUUCAAUAUUUAUGUGGUUCUUGUGUUUUUAUAUCCCACGCUAUUGUGUCUUAAUUAAAAAGUUUUAUCAACUGGCUUUUAAGUUGAGAGCAGAAUCUUUUGAAAUAACAAGCCAAUUUGCCUAUAUGUGAGACCAAAAUGAUUGGGGGGAAUAUAUGGGCUCUGCUACCUAACAACAUGUUGAUGAUGGCACAGAAGGAGGCGGGGUGGGGAUUUCUAGGGAUGAAAGUGGUGAACUUGCCGUUCAUCAUUUGCAUAACGAAAUUCUCUGCCACUUGCUAAAAUAAUGGUUGGGUCAGCAAUGCUAUGCUUUUUGUGGGCGUGUACAUGUUGGUGUUUUGUGUAAUACUGAUCCUGAGGAAAGACAAUCAGAUACAGUGAAAGUGAUUCAAUCUAGGAGGUUGGGUACUUGGGGGGGUUCUGUUGCUGUUCUGAUUUAGAUUGAUUCAGAAAUUUUCUACUAGCAAUUUUUGGAAGGGAAUGCCCACCUCAAAAUUUAUACUGAAUGUCUCUUUUAUUAAAGUUGUUGGGCUGGGUUGUUUGUUUUUUUUUUGGGGGGGGUAGGGUGGUCAAGAAUUCCAUGUUGAUUCUGAUCCCCCCUUCCCUUUGUUGUGUUUUAUUUGAAAGAGGGGUGUGGGGCUUGUGCAGGUUUGAGCUCUCUGAAGACAUAAACACAAAUGGAAAUACCAGCCAUAUCAGUGUAGCACCUCCAUUGAAAAGUGAAUGCCUUUGGUAGCCCAACCCUGAGCAGUGCAAUUGUGUUGUCUUGCCUAUGUUAUUAUUCUCUCAGGCUGUGGACCUUUGUUACAGCUCUAGGAAACUGUAGAAACAUGACACUAUGUAGCUUUUCUACCCAUGAUCUAGUGCUGCAUAUCACUCUGUGUGUACCCCCCUCCCCUCAUAAACUGUCUUACAGGUGGUUUGUCAGCUGUGCAACAGCUGACACUUGUGACGUUGGUAGCAGAGAGGUUGAACGUGCUGUGGUCUGCUUCAUUGCUCCUGUAGUCAUGUUCUCAAGUCCUCAGCAGCACUACCUUAGACUUCAUCAGCUGAUAGGAAACUUUUUAUGGUGUAAAUGCUGUAAGACUUUGUACAUACUUCAGUUGUUAUGAAAUCUUUAAGAAAAAAAGAAAAGAAAAAAGUUACACUAAUAAAUAGCUCUGGUGCAGGCACUCAUGGU